ACCAUAACAUAACCCAUUAACCCAUUUCUUCUCACUUCUCCCUCACCCAAAUGGAUCCCUUCAACGGAUCCACCUCCGAACCCGAUAACCCUAUCGCCACCUGUUCCUCCAUGCUCUCCCUCCGCCGCUUCGCCCAGUGCCGUGACUUCGCCCGCCGCCUCCCCCCCUCCGACUCCACCGCCCGAGUCCUCGCAGUCGCUGACGUCCUCUCCGCCGCCGAUUUCUACUCCGUCCUCCAGCUCCGCCCCUCCGACGGCGCCAACCGCGACCUCGCGCGCCGCCAGUACGCCACGCUGGCCCUCCUCCUGGACCCGACCAGCCCCGACAAGCUCCCCUUCGCCGACGAAGCCCUCGCACGUGUCCAAGAGGCCUGGCACGUGCUCUCCCACCCCGAACGCCGCGCCCUCCACGACCUGGAGCUCCAACGCGCCACCGCAGCGUUGACGUUCUGGACCGCGUGCCCCUACUGCUGGAACCUCUUCGAGUACGAGAAGAGGUACGAGGGUUGCGCGUUGCUGUGCCAGGCUUGCCAGAAGUCCUUCCAGGGCGAGGCGGUGAAGCCGCCGGUCAAGGUGGGCGACGCGGUGGUCGAGGGGGAGGAGCUCCGCCAGUACUACUCCUGCGAGGCCAGUGUGGCUUUGAUGUAUUAUGAGGUUAAGACGGAGGAGAAUAAUCAUAACAACGUGUUCGCUAAACAAAAUGCCCAAUACGUGUACAUUUCUGAUGACGAUGAAGGGUUAGGGUUUGUGAGAAACGUAGGGUUGCGAGGUAGUGAGAAGCGGCGAAUGAGGGUAAAGACUGUGGCGAAUAAAGCCCUAGGGAGCAGAACUAGGAGGACUCUUGAUAGUGACUCGGAUUUGGAUUUGGAUUUGGAUGAUGGUGAAUUGGAGUUCACGGAAGGAGAUGAUGAUGUCUUUGUUGGUGUUCUCUUUGACAAGUGAUGCAAAUUGCAAUGCAAAAGGUGAUCAUGAUCGCACUGCUUUCUUUGCUAAUUCUAGUAGCAUCAUGUAGGUUGGUAGUGACGAUUAGUGAGUACUGAGUAUUGAGUAGUGUUUUUGGAUAGUGUUUUGCACAGAUUAUUUGGGGGAGUGGAGAACAAUUGAAAACAGGAAAUUAGAGUAUAGUUGUUGAUUUGGGGUUUUGUCAUUUUGGAAAAGAGGCAUUGCCUUGUUCAUAUUUUACCAUUUUUGUAAUGCCACUUCUAAUGACACCUUCCGAGUUUUAAAGAAAAUAGUCGAUUUCCGUUAUCUGAAUGAGGUUUUUUUUUUUUUACUAUUUGUUAGUUUAGUUUUGUGGAAGCCAAGACUGCUACUUGAGUUUCCUUUUAUCUGUGUUGGUUGUUAAUGAGAUCUCUUAUCAAUUCGGCUCAGCUUCUCAAAGAGUAUGCUCUCUUGUUUAUCCCCCUUGGUCUUGCUAAAUUGUUACACCGAUGGUUACUAGGGUCUAGGGAUCACCAGGGCAUGUAAGUGAACAAUUUCAGCAUGUUGGACUCACCUAAGAAAUGAAGUGACUGAAAUGUUUCAAGCCAAAGCUUAUAUUGGUUUGGUUUAGCUCAAUGGAGAAGUAUUUGCUUUGGUUUUCAUUAGAAAAUCUCUUAUCAAGACAUUGCACGAAAGACAGCAAAAAUACAGGGAUUUUUUUUAGCAUCUUUUAUGAAAAAUUCUUUUGCACAACAUUUGGUUUCAA